AUGCAUAAUAUUGAAUAUUUUGUGUCCAACGAUGCCCAGCCCAUUUUGAGUCACACAAACAGAAUCAUCUUCCUUGAAGAUGGCGAUUUGGCUUCAAUUGUAGAUGGUAGUUUGAUGCUUCAGCGAGUUGGCGAAGAUGAACGGCGAGAAUUUGCCGAUUUUAGCGAAGUAGAGAGCGAAAUACAGCAACUGAUGAAGGGAGAUUACCCGACUUUUAUGAUCAAGGAAAUCAAGGAACAGCCAGAAACGAUCGUCAAUGUCUCAAGAGGAAGGGUGAAUUACGAAGAGUCGAGUGUGGCUCUUGGAGGACUGAGCAAACAUAUUGGAGAAAUUAAAAGAUCCAGCGCCAAGGCGAAUCGUGAUUCUUGGAUGUGGAACAUCUAA